CUAAGAUCUGUGCAUGCACAUUCUAACUUUCCUUUUCUUUAGCUUGCUAAAUAAUCCUCCAAAAUCACUUCACCAAAAAAUAUGAAGAUUUUUAAAUGGAUGCAAAAUAGGUUUAAUGGCACGAAUGAGAAAAUGAAAUCAAGCUCAAUUUCAACUACUCAUUAUAUGAUGAGUGAUUCUGAUAGACAAGAUUUGAUCAAUGAUUGGGAUGAGGCACUAGUACUUGCAAUUGGAACAUUUGGGAAUAUUAAUAACAAUUUGAAAGAAGAUUAUAAUAAAAAUAUUGAUGAAGAAGAUUCAUAUAAUUCCUUUCAAGAUUGUACAAAGGAGUUAUGUUUUGAAGAAGAUGGAAAUUUUGAGAAUGGAGUGAAAAUAAAUUUGGAAGAGAAUAAUUUCUGCCCAAGCAACAAUUUAAUAUACAAUAGAGGAUCAAGGGAGUGUUUGGAUAAAAGUAAGAAUGGCGUUUCAAAAAAAUCACUUUCUUUUCUGCUUAAGAAGAUGUUUGUUUGUGGAAAUGGAUUGCCACCUACUACUCCUUUGUGCAAAGAUCUUCUCUCAACAGACUCUAGAAUGGAGAAGAUUCUGAAAGCAAUACUUCACAAAAAGAUACAUCCGCAAGAUUUAUGUUCAACAACAUUUGUAAAAAAAUAUCUUGUAAACAAUUCAAUGAAGAAGAUCAGAUGAAGAGUUUACUCCCACUAGUGUUGUAGACAAAGGAUGUAAAUGGGUCAACACAGAUUCUGAAUAUAUUGUUCUUGAGAUAUAAAUGACUUCUACUACAUACAUAUUGAUAUUGAUGUGAUGAUUUAUGUUCAACCCUGCUCAUAGAAGAUCUAUAUAAUAGCAAAAAUAGCAUGGAAGUUGUGGACCUAAUAUUUUAAAUGUAUGAAUCAAGCUGAGGAAUUGUGACAAAUUAAAUAGAGGAUGAUUCUGGAAAAUGUUUAUAUUUUAAAACACAUUUUCUAACACAUGGAUGUUAGAAAUCAUAUAUGAGUUUCUUAAGAGAAAUAUAUGCAUCUUAAUGUUUGUAUAUAUGAAACAAUUAAGGUGAUAAUUAUAACAAGUUUUUUUUCUUUCAAACUUUUGAGGUGACUUUCUAGACCUAUAGUUUUUGUUUUUUAUAAAUUGAAAUAUGCAAUCUAUUAAGUUAAUUGAAAUAUUGACAUCUCCUGGCAAAUAAAAAUCUCUAUUUAAGUUGAAUAGUGAGGUAUUGUUUUGGUUGAUCCAACCUAAUUUGGGUUGCAUGGUAGGGUCUUAGAGUAGCAUAGUUAUGACUUAUAUGAGUAGGAGUGGACAGCAAGUUAGAUUUUGUCAAGUUUCAA